AUGAAUUCUUUAAAGCAGAAACGCUCUCAUCAAAACAACAUGGAAUCUCAAAAAGAGGACGACUAUAGAAAUAGCCUAAACGAUACGAUACUGAAACACAAAACGCCAUCUGAAAAAGAGGUUGAAAGAAGAGCUAAGGUUGAAGAAAUGUUUUCAAUUCCUAUGAAUGUAUCUCGAAACGACAAGCGCAAAAAAGAGACCCCUUGGUAUGAUAUGCAACCAACGGAGGCCGUCGAACUAAAUCCAAACAGACCGGGAGAUCCAUUGCUAAAAAUCAAGUCUGCCACAAAUACCCGCAAAUCUGAAGACACCGAGUAUUCAAAAACAAACUCCAGCAGCAAGCAUGCACCCUAUGCUGGGGGCUCUUCAGAAUACGAUAGAUUAAGAUCAGAACGCCUGAUCAGAGAAAAAAGGGAACGGGAAAGACAGGAUAGCCUCCUAAGGACGAAUAAAUUCACUUAA